UCAAUAAAUGGCAACUUUAGACUUCAAAAGCGACUCUACUCUUACGCUAUUAGUCAUUCCUAAAUUAUAGUACAACUAAACCAUAAAAUUAUCUUAUGCCUAAACAUUUCAUCUAAUCAUGGCUAUCAUCAUUUCAAUUCACAUUUAUCGUAAGAGAGACCCAGCAGCAGCACUGUUGGAAAAACUAAAUUGAUGUGGGAGUUAGAUAAAAUAAACACAGUUGCUUGUAAUUGAAAUCACACAGCACUGUUUAGCUACAUUUCUCCGUGUCUCUUUCUCUCGUUCCUCAACUCUUAUUGCCGUGCUGCUGCUUCCAAAAUACAGAACACAUCCCAUCCAAAGAAGUUCUAACCUAAAAAUCCACGCCAGAAAGAGAUUAAUUUAACAAUUUUUUUUUGUUCAAACCAUUUUUAAAACCAAGAAACCUUGGAAAGUCCGGAAAAUAGCAAUCCUUGUCCCAUUCGCUAAACAGAAAAGACAUGACGAUGUACAAUAACCACCAAAUGUUUCAUCUGUUAUCACAAGAAAAUUCAUUGAUUUCAGCACCACGUGUUCUUCCCAGUCGAUGAUCACAAGCCAACUCUUUCGUUUUCUCCGCCACCUUCCACUAUAUCUCUGCCUCACCUUUAUAUUAUUACAUUUUCCACUUGCCAUCUACACACAAAAACUUUGGAAAAUAUCAUCAGUAACAACACAAUCUCCCCAAAAACUCCAAUGGGUUCACUCCCUUCCCCACCAAGACCAACAGCUCUACCAUCCCCAGAAAAUCUUCUCUCCAAUCAUGUCGUGGUUGCUGUGUUUUGCCCUAGAGAACCAACCCCUGGUGUGAGCCUCCCUAAUUCAAUCGAGCUCUAUUACCCCUCGAUGAACACAUGGACAUGUGUCGGCCCUAUUCCUGGCCUAAUUGACGACCAAAUAUUAAAGGGGUUCGCCAUAGUCUCCUUGGGGGACUCUAUCUACAUAAUCGGUGGCCAAAUCUGUCACAAAGAAAUGGUUCAUGUAUCCGAUGACUAUGCUGACUACGUUGACGAGGGCAUCAAAGUAGUGCCAAAUGUUCUCCGUUACAACAUCAAAACCAACCAAUGGUUCAUUUGUGCACCACUGGGAGUGGCAAGAUAUGAUUUUGCGUGCACGGUUUGUGACAACAAAAUCUACGUGGCAGGGGGGAAGUCCACGGUGGGAUGUGCACGGGGGAUCUCAUCGGCCGAGGUGUACGACCCGGAUGGUGACACGUGGAGCCCUCUGCCAAAUUUGCAUAUUUUAAGGAACAAGUGCAUUGGCGUGACGUGGCAGGGGAAGGUUUACAUAGUGGGAGGUUUUGCCGAGAGGGAGGACUCGGACAAGACAAUGCCUAGCAUAGUGGAAAGAAGUUCUGCUGAGGUGUUUGACACGGAAGCAGGGAGGUGGGAGCUGAUAGCGGGGAUGUGGCAAUUGGAUGUGCCACCUAAUCAGAUUGUCGCAGUGAAUGGUACCCUUUUCAGUUCAGGGGAUUGUUUGAAUUCAUGGAAGGGACACAUUGAAGCCUAUGAUGGAAAACUAUGGAAUGAGGUUGAUGGAUCACACAAGAGAAACCUCUGCACAUUACAGGACAACUACGACAAUUUCCCUUCUAAUGAUCAAAGAUUGUACCUAACUAUGGCACCCAUCGGAAGUUGUUUGUUCUUUUUGACAGGUUACAGAACAGGUGGCGAAGUACCAAGAACCAUGUCUCUUGUGCACAUCUUUGACACUUCAGCUCACACCCAUGCUUGGAGGAGCUUUGAACCCAUGGAAUUGGAGGGCCAGAAAGAGCUCUGUGGCCAUUGCUGUGUUGUGCAACUCUCUUGAUUAUUCAGACU